UUCUCGGACUUUACCAACGCGCCUUUAGUAUAUUUCGCCGUCGUUUCUCUAAAACGCAAUUCUUUUCGCCAAAACCACCACCAUGUCCCGUCCGAGCCAAGUAUCCAACCCGCCCACGGCCCCUCCUACUCCCUUCCAGUUUGACCCCGUGCCCGAUGCCAUCGAAGCUAUCAGGCGCGGGGAGUUUGUAGUCGUCAUGGACGACGAAAGCCGUGAAAACGAAGGAGACGUCGUGUGUGCUGCCUCUGCCGUCACUACAGAAGGCAUGGCAUGGAUGAUCAAGUGGACAAGCGGCUACAUCUGCCUCUCCCUUCCUCCGUCCCGACUGAAAGCACUUCAACUUCCCCCCUCUCUCCCUCCUUCUGGCGUAUCCCAAGACCCCAAGGGAACAGCAUACCACCUCACCGUCGACUCGGCUCCCGGACGUCAUCCCGUUUCCACCGGUAUCUCCGCCCACGAUCGAGCGUACACCGCCCGGUUGCUCGCGGAUCCCAAGAGCGAUGAGAGCGAUUUUACAAGGCCGGGACAUAUGGUUACCCUGAGGUAUGCAGUAGGCGGGGUGAGGAAGAGGAGGGGACAUACAGAGUGUGCGACAGAUCUCUGCUACCUCGCCGGCCUCCCACCCGCUGGCCUCUUAUGUGAGCUCGUCAACCCCUACGACCCUGCAGGAUCCAUGGCAAGACGAGAUGAUUGCUGGAGAUUUGCAAAGGAGUGGGGAUUGAAGAUUAUCAGUGUGGAAGGGUUGGCAGAGUAUGUGUUGAAGGAGGGCAAGCAGCUCGUGCCCGAGGAAGAGGCCAAGGCAUAAGGCGGGGUUUCCUAUCAGUACAGUAGACCGUGUCUCGCUGGGUACAUAUAGGGGGGUACGGUGGGCUGUCUUGCAUUUAUCAAAAAUAAAAAAUAAAAAGAGAGAAUCGGAAAAGAGUUGCUGGUCAUGUCUCGUACGGGCAGCACAAAGAGGUUUCCUGCAUGUGGCCAUCCAUCUCUUUUCGUUAUCUUUUUACCAGUACUUGCAUUUAUUUGCAUAGCAGCAUGGAAUUGUUGGACUACAUGUAAAAGUGAAAAAAGGU